UCAUUCAUUUUAAUCGGUUUUUUUCUCAUCACUUACAUGAAAGUGAAAGUGCAAAAGUACCGUGGAAUGACUUACGCGUAGGCGUAACCCAGGUGGUUAAGUUAAGGCAAAAGCACCGUCUCCUUCACUUCACCUAAUUCAUCUUCUUCUUCCCAAAAAUCAUUCCUUCUUCCGAUUCUCAAUUCUCUCAAUUUUCAAUCACACCAAACCCUAACAAUCAACCAUGGCACCACCACCACCACCGGCGAUCCAAUCGCCGAAUCCAGAAGAAAUCCAACAAUUCCUAAGCUCCGUUCUCUCACAACGCGGUCCAUCAGCAGUACCAUACGCAGAAGACACUAAAUGGCUUAUCCGUCAACAUCUUCUCACUCUCAUCACAGCUUUCCCUUCUCUUGAACCCAAAACCGCCACUUUCACUCACAACGACGGCCGCACCGUUAAUCUCCUCCAAGCCGACGGAACUAUUCCGAUGACAUACCAAUCCGUCACAUACAAUAUCCCCGUUGUUAUUUGGCUCAUGGAAUCUUACCCUCGUCAUCCACCUUGUGUUUAUGUUAACCCUACCAGAGACAUGAUUAUCAAACGCCCUCAUCCUCAUGUUAAUCCUUCUGGUUUAGUUUCUGUUCCUUAUUUGCAUAAUUGGGUUUACCCUAGUGCUACUUUGGUUGAUCUUGUUUUAUCUUUGAGUGUUAUUUUUGGUCGUGAUCCUCCUCUUUAUUCCCAACGUAGACCUAGUAAUAAUAACCCUAAUCCUAAUCCUAAUCCUAAUCAAAACCCUAUUGUUAAUCCUCAUCAUAAUCAUCAUCCUAAUCCAAAUAUCAAUCAAAGUUCUAAUUUUGCAGCUGUUUCUUCAUCUGGGUAUGUUCAUCCUGCUAGGAAUAAUAAUUACCCUCCUUCGCCUUAUUCGCCUUCGCCUGUGCGGCCUGCUCAUACUGAGGAUCCAACUGAGGUUUUCAAAAGGAAUGCUAUUAAUAAGCUUGUGGAGAUGGUGCAUAAUGAUGUUACGAAUUUGAGGAAGACGAGGGAAGCUGAAAUGGAGGGUUUGUUUAGUUUGCAAGGGGUUUUGAAGCAGCGUGAGGAGGUUUUGAAUAAGGGUGUGAAGGAAAUGCAAGAGGAGAUGGAGGGUUUGGAACAGCAGCUUCAGAUGGUUUUGAUGAAUACUGAUGUUUUGGAGGGUUGGUUGAGGGAUAAUCAAGGGAAGAAGAUGAGUUUGGAGAAUGUUGAGGAUGCUUUUGAGUGUGUGGAUGUGCUUUCUAAACAGAUGCUUGAGUCUACUGCUGCUGAUUUGGCUAUUGAAGAUACACUUUAUGCGUUGGAUAAAGGUGUUCAGGUUGGAGCUGUACCGUUUGAUCAGUACAUGAGGAGUGUCAGGGUGUUGUCGAGGGAGCAGUUCUUUCACCGAGCUAUGGCUGCUAAAGUUAGAGCUGCUCAGUUGCAGGCUCAGGUUGCUAAUAUGGCUGCAAGGAAUCAUCAUUAUGGUAGCUGAGGAUACAAUGGCUAGGUUUGUAUCUGAAGUUAUGGAACCGUUCAUUGUUAGUUCUGUUUGGUAUAGAUUGAUAUUUGUUUCUGCUUCUGUCCAAUAGCAUAAAUUCGCAGCUCCUUGUGCCUUGAAUAACUUAGAGAUUUUUACGGGCACGAGGCUGCACUGUUGUUCUUAUACAAAUUUAAUGAUAUGAUUUUGGUUAAAA